UUAACUAAUCUUAGUUUUAAUUCAACUUUAUUUAGAAGUUGCAAAAUCAUGAAUUCAUCAGUGUGAUACUUAUUAGUUUGUGAAAUAGAUGCACGAUUUUGCCAACGCAGAAAAUGCAUAAUAAACAAAUAUUUACAAUUGAAAAAGGCGAUCAUUUAAGUCAUGUAUUGGGCCAAUAUUCAUUUGAAGAUGCAAUCGCCGAGACUGGAUUUGGAAAAUAUAACAUAGUCCUGGUUAUAAUGUCUGGAUUAGGAAUUUUAGGAGUAAUUACUGAAAGUAUCGCCUUAGGAAUGAUAAUUCCUUCUGCUCAAUGCGAUUUACAAUUAACAACAACUAUGAAAGGCGUAUUAACCACAAUAUUAGUAGCUGGCAUAUUAGUAGCGUCACAACCGUGGGGAUAUUUGGGAGAUACUCGGGGGCGACGUUCAACAAUGAUUGUUCCUACAUUUUUUAGCGUAAUAGUUUCAAUUAUUGCAAGUAUGGCUGUUGAUUUCUAUUGGAUGGUAGUAUUACGAUUUAUAAGCGGAUUACUUGUAUCAAGUUCAGCUAGUAUUAUUUAUGCUUAUGUUAGCGAAUUCCAUGGAUUAAACCAUAGGCCUGCUGUCUUAACAUUUACAUCAUCCUUUGUUGCAUUAGCGUCAAUUACUGUUCCAGCAAUGGCUUGGAUAAUUUUACCAAUGGACUGGUCAUUUGACAUAAGUUCCCUAGGUAUAACUUAUAGACCAUGGCGGUUAUUAAUAAUAUUAUUCAGUCUACCAAACUUAUUAUUUGUGUGUUUAUUACUUUGUUUUCCUGAAAGUCCACGUUUUCUUGUACAAAUAAAUAAAUCGGAAGAAGCAUUAAAUAUUUUACGUAAUAUAUUUACCUGGAACACUGGGCAAGAUAAAAAUAUGUUUCCAGUAAGAAACAUCAUAAAUAAAGAAGGAUUUACUACUACAAAAGAUCCAAAAUCAAGUUGUUUAACAAAUUUUUCCAAGCAAUUAACUCCUUUAUUUUUACCUCCAUUUUGGACAAAGACUUUACUGAUUUGUUCCAUUCAAUUUGGUUCGUUUUAUGCCGGUUUAGGUGUGGUUAAUUGGAUUCCACAAAUUCUAAAUGAAUUUUACUCAGUGAAUUAUCCAACUUCUAUUUGCGAAGUUUUUAAUAAUAAAAGUAGAAUUAUUCAUGGAAAUUUUACCGAAAAUGAAGAUAUUUGCAUAGAUACAGUGAAUACAACAAUGUUACAAACCUCGUUCAGUUUUGGUUUAGUAAUGUACAUUGUGUAUUUGUGUGUUGCAUGUUUAGUUAAAAUUGUAGGAAACAAAAGGAUUUUAAUUUUACUAUUUACAAUAAGUGGAUUAGCUUGUUGUUUUAUGCACAAUAUCAAAAAUUACUGGGUAACAACUUUUCUAUUUGGUAUAUUUAUAUUAAAUGGUAUCACAGUUGGUCUAACUAAUUCAUUUACACCUGACAUGUAUCCAACAAAAUACAGAGCGAUGGCAAUAUCAGUAUCAUUUAUGAUUGGCCGAAUUGGUAGUGUAACAGGCAGUAAUGUGAUGGGAUUUAUGCUUGAUUAUAAUUGUAAUGUUGCGUUUUAUACACCUGGAGUAAUUUUAUUAGGUUGUGCAUUAAUAUCGUUCCUGUUACCAUCGAGUAGCCGUAAAGAAUAAUUUAAAUAAUUUUUAGUAUUAUAAAUAACUUAUUGUAAAUAAAUAAACGAG